AUUUUAUUACCCUCUCAAAUGUUGAGAAAUCCGGCCACAGUUUCCACUGUUGUAAAGGAGUCAGAGCAUACAAAAAUAGUGCUCUCUGAUGUGGUGGUUACAAGGAAAAGAAACCUCUUGUGGGCGCGAAAAUGGAGGGCUAUCGACAUUCAAACGGGUGUUCUGAUUUUAGCUAUUCAUUUACUUUCACUUUUCGCACCAUUUAGGUUCGAUUGGGAUGCUUUUUUAUUUGCAUUUUUUCGAUGGGUGUUUUGUGGGAUUUUUGGAAUAACUCUCUCAUAUCAUCGGAAUCUAGCACACCGCAGUCUAAAGCUGCCUAAGUGUCUUGAGUACAUGUUUGCUUAUCUUGGGGUCCUCUCUUUCCAGGGGGAUCCUAUAUUUUGGGUGAGCAUUCAUAGAUUUCAUCAUCAAUAUGUCGAUUCCGAGAAAGAUUCACACUCUCCUAUUUUUGGGUUUUGGUUUAGUCACAUGGGUUGGCUUUUUGAUAGUGGCUACUUAAUUGAAAAGUAUCAAAAAAGUAAUAAUGUGGAGGAUUUAAAGAAUCAAGUAUUCUAUAGGUUCAUUAAAAGAACUUAUAUAUUGCAUAUAUCCGCAUAUGCUGCCCUCGUUUACGCUUAUGGUGGAUUUACCUAUCUUGUUUGGGCUGUGGGCGUUGCAACGACUUGGGGUUACCAUACGACAUUUCUAGUGAAUUCCGCAUGCCAUAUUUGGGGCACUCAAAGUUGGGACACUGGUGAUCUCUCCAAGAAUAACUGGUGGGUGGCAUUGGUUACUUUUGGAGAAGGAUGGCAUAACAAUCAUCAUGCAUUUGAAUAUUCAGCUCGUCAUGGGUUAAAAUGGUGGCAAAUUGACUUUUGUUGGUAUAUGAUAAGGUUUCUUGAAGCAGUAGGAUUAGCUACCAAUGUUAAGUUACCAAAUGAAGCUCACAAACUAAAGAAAUCAUCCACUUCUCAUAACAAGUUCAAGUGA